AAUAUAGCCGUCAUUUUAAACACCACUGAUACAAUCCAGUCUUUAAAACUAAGAAAAGAACAAGGUCAGAAAACAAAAGAACGGAAAGAAAAAUCCCAGAAACUGCGAAUGAAAAGGCCGUUAAAAAGAAGAAAGUAUGAAUCUGAAAGUUCUGACGAAACUGAAGGAGAAAUACAUUUGGAUGAUGAAGAAGAGGUCAGUGAUGAAAAUGAAGCAGUGUGCGUCGGUUGUGAGGAACCUUAUUUGUUAACCAAAAAAAGUGUAGACUGGAUCCAAUGUAUUAUAUGCAAUCGUUGGCUACACGACGACUGCACCUCAUUUUUGAAUAUUUGUGAGCCCUGUGGACGUCUAACGGCUCGCAAAAAAUAAGACUUCCAUAAAUUGAUGUAUCACCAACUGACCCCUACCCACAUCACCAUCUAACCCGUAUUAUGUUGGGGGAGAUGGUGUCACACUUUUUAGUUUUAAAUGAAAAUUAUUUUUGUUACAUGUCAAAAUUUGUUGUCUUUCGAUUUAGGAUAAGUUUUUUGUGUAUCUCGAUGC